AUGGCCUCUGGUAAUCGAUAGUCUCGUCUUUGACUAAAUUUCAUAACAUUUUCACUUAUUUGCAGAAGUCGAGAAAGACGAAUGCCAAAGUUGGCUUGCGAAGCAAGAUCUGGACAAGAUCGGAGUGGACAACCUGAACCCACUCACUGAUGAGGCUAGUAUCCGCCUAGAACUAGAGGAUUUUAAAACGAACAUUUCAAUUUGCAGGUUAUUUCCCGUCAGGCCACCAUCAACAUCGGAACUAUUGGCCACGUAGCGCACGGAAAGUCGACAUUGGUAAAAGCGUUCUCCGGAGUGCACACUGUCAAGUUCAAAAGAGAAUUGGAGCGUAACAUCACCAUCAAACUCGGAUACGCCAAUGCCAAAAUCUACAGAUGCUCCAACCCGGAAUGCCCGAGGCCAGGAUGCUACAGGUUAUUUCGAGUCCUUCUACAGUUGAAAAACGUAUUUUUUGUUAAUUGCAGAUCCGCCGGUUCUUCUACCCCUGAUCGUUUCCCAUGCGAACGCGCUGGAUGCGGCGGUGAAUUCACCUGCGUCCGUCACGUCUCCUUCGUCGACUGCCCUGGUCACGACAUUCUUAUGGCCACCAUGUUGAACGGAGCGGCGGUCAUGGACGCCGCUUUCCUUCUUGUCGCCGGAAACGAGCCUUGCCCGCAGCCUCAGACUUCCGAGCAUCUCGCCGCCGUCGAGAUUAUGCAGCUGAAGCAUCUGAUGAUUCUGCAGAACAAGGUCGACAUCAUCAAAGAGUCGCAAGCUCGCGAAAACCACGAGCAGAUCAACGGAUUUGUCCAGGGAACAGUCGCCGAGAACGCGCCAGUCAUCCCUAUUUCCGCACAGCUGAAGUACAACGUUGAUGUAAGAAUGAUCAUGUGUUUUAGAUUGUUACAAAAUUAUUCUUUCAGCUCGUGUGUGAAUACCUCUGCAAGAAGAUCCCGGUGCCAGUCCGUGACUUCAAGUCUCCCGCCCGUCUCAUUAUUAUCAGAUCCUUCGACGUCAACAAGCCUGGAUCCGAAGUCGAGAACUUGAAGGGAGGAGUCGCCGGAGGAACACUCACCAAGGGAAUUCUCAGGGUCGGACAAGAAAUCGAGGUCCGUCCCGGAAUCGUGUCCAAGACCGCCACUGGUCAGCUGCAAUGCCGUCCGAUUUUUUCGCGCAUCGACUCUCUGUUCGCUGAGAAGAACCAGCUGGAGUACGCCGUUCCAGGAGGACUCAUCGGAGUCGGUACCAAGAUUGACCCGACUCUUUGCCGUGGAGAUCGUCUUGUCGGACACAUCCUCGGAGCCGUCGGCACUCUUCCCGACAUUUUCAUUGAGAUUGAAGUCUCGUUCUAUUUGCUGCGAAGACUGCUCGGAGUGCGUACUGAAGGAAAGAAGAAAGGAGCGAAGGUUCAGAAGCUGGUUAAGGAGGAGACGUUGCUCGUGAACAUUGGAUCACUGUCGACUGGAGGACGGGUAACCGCUGUCAAGGGAGACGCCGCCAAGAUUAGGUUAAAUGAUCCGAUUUGCACUGAGGUCAGUUUUUUGUAAAGAUAAUCUGUGUAAAACCAUCUGCUUCCAGGUCGGCGAGAAGAUUGCGAUGUCCCGUCGUUUCGAGAAGAGUUGGCGCCUGAUUGGCUGGGGAACCAUCCGCAAGGGAACGACCGUCGAGCCGAUCAAGAACUGA